AUGGCGAGGAGGAAGAAGGGCCCGGGAGUUUCCCUGCUCGGGAGUGUCCAGCCGGCCGGCAGUGCCGGGCAGUGCCGGGCCCUAGGGGAGGACAGCCGGCUCGGGGCCCCGAUGAGGCCUCGUGGUCAUGUCUGUGCCACUUGCCACGAGCAUGCUACGUGCCAGUCAAAAGAUGGCAAGAAGAUCUGCAUUUGCAACUAUGGAUUUGUGGGCAAUGGGAGGACCCAGUGUAUUGAUAAAAAUGAGUGCCAGUUUGGAGCCACUGUUGUCUGUGGGAACCACACAUCCUGCCACAACACACUGGGAGGCUUCUACUGCAUCUGCCUCGAAGGCUAUCGGGCCACAAACAACAACCAGACGUUCAUCCCUAACGAUGGCACCUUCUGCACAGACAUAGAUGAGUGUGUGGUGUCUGGUGUGUGCGGGAAUGGAGGACGGUGUGUCAAUACUCCUGGAAACUUCGAGUGCUACUGUGUCGAUGGAUACUUGCCAACAAAUGGACCUGUGCCUUUCCACCCGAGCAGAGAUGGUACCCGGUGUACAGAAAUAGACUGUGGCCCGGCCCUGGAGAUCCCGGGUGGCUUUGUCAUAGGAAACUACACAUCUAGACUGGGCAGCCAGGUUCAUUAUGGAUGCAAAGAAGGAUUUUUCAGUGUCCCAGAAUAUACAGUUUCAAGCUGCACAGCCCUGGGCACGUGGGAGGCCCCCCAAUUACAUUGCCAAGAGAUCAACUGUGGCCAUCCUCCAGAAGUGCAGAACGCCAUGUUGGUGGGGAAUCACAGCUCCGGCCUGGGUGGUGUGGCUUACUAUGUCUGUCAAGAGGGCUUUGAGAACACUGGAGGAGAGAUCACUUCUGUUUGCACGGAGAAAGGCACCUGGAGAGAAAGCACUUUAACAUGCACAGAAGGAGAUCUCUUAGAAGAUGAUGGGACUUUCAAUGUUUCAGUAACCAAUGAAACUUGUUUGAAAUUGAACCAGCAGUCUAAGAAAGUUGGAUCAGAACGAAUAUACCAAUUUAAAGUCCUAGGCCAAAGGUGGUAUCUGGAUAGCUUUUAUCAUGCAACCUCAUUUAACCUGACGACGCGGGAACACACACCGGAAGUGUGUUUGCCUCUGUUCCCUGCCACCGAUUACACUGUGAAUAUCACCGGACUGGGACCUCGUGAGCAUCAGGUGCAGAUAACCAUGACAACCGCACCCACAGUAAAACAGAUCAUCAGUAAUGUUUCAAUAUUUAAUGAGACUUGCUUGAGAUGGAAAAGCAUGAAGACGGCCGAUAUAGAAGAAAUGUACUUAUUACACAUCUGGGGCCAGAGAUGGUACCAGGAGGAAUUUGCCCAGGAAGUGAUCUUUAAUACCACCACCAGCAGCUCGACCCCUGCGGUAUGCUUGGACCUGCAUCCCGGUACCAACUACAGUAUCAGCCUCCAGGCUUUGUCUUCAGAACUCCCUGUAGUCAUCUCCCUGACAACCCAGAUAGCAGAGCCUCCCCUUCCAGAAGUAGAGUUUUUCACAGUACAUGGAGGGUCUCUACCACGCCUCAGGCUGAGGAAAGCCAAGGAAGAAAAUGGGCCCAUCAGCUCCUAUCAGGUGGUAGUGCUUCCUUUGGGCCUCCAAAGCACAUUUUCUUGUGAUUCUGAAGGGGUGACCUCGUUCUUCAGCAAUACCUCUGAUGCUGAUGGAUAUAUGGCUGCAGAGCUCCUGGCCAAAGAUGUCACAGAUGAUAGCCUGGAGGUAUCCAUUGGAGACAGGCUGUACUAUGGGAAUUAUUAUAAUGCACCCUUGAAAAUAGGGAAUGAUUACUGCAUUAUACUACGAAUCACAAGUGAAUGGAAUAAGGUGAGAAGAUAUUCCUGUGCAGUUUGGGCUCAGGUGAAAGAUUCGUCACUCACACCGCAGCAGAUGGUGGGUGUUGCGCUGGGCUCCAUUGCUUUUGUGGUUCUUCUUGCAUUCCUCUCCUUCUCAGCAGUGUGAUGGUGGAUUGGUGCUGAAUGUAAGGAUGCACUGGUGCUGGGACAGAUGUUUCCACAACUGUUUUUACAGCUUCUCAGGUGCCUGCAGAGGCC